AUGGAGUCUCGCUUUUUGAUCUCACGUCCGGCGCCUCUGCUGCACCUGCUGCCGACUACUCGUGACGAUGUUGCUCGCCUUGCUGUUCGUAAUCACCUGCCUUCUGCUGAGCGCGCGCACUUUGGCCAUUACAAGAGUGCUAAGUCUCUGUAUGACGCUGUCGUAGCGCGCUACUCCUCCCCUGCCACUGCUACCCUCAGCCGCCUCAUGCUAGCGGACCACUUUCUCUCCCUUUGCCCCACCGAGCUCACCGUCGACUUGCUAGAGGAGCGCCUCACUGCAGCUGAGAAGAGUAUAGUUGCUGUAGGUGCUUCUCGCGGCGACCCUCGCGCCCCUUUCUUUGAGGGGUCGGGGCUGCGUCUGCUCCUAGUGGGAGGCGCCGCUAUGGCAAGGGCAAGGGGGGCAAGGGUGGUGGAGGGGACGGCGGGGGCGGCGGUGGUGGCGGUGGAGGAGGCGGAGGGGGUGGGGUGGGGCAAGGGUGGUGGCGGGAGUGGGGGCGUCAGUGGUGGCGGUGGAGGUGGUGGAGGCAGUGGCAGCGGUGGUGGAGGCAGCGGCAGCGGUGGUGGAGGCAGUGGCAGCAGGGUUGGAGGUGGCGGCGGCGGUGGUGCUGGUCGGGGUGGAGCCGCGCAGCGUGGAGGCCUCAGCGGUAGCCAGCGCCAGCAGCAGCCGCUUUCCCGCGAGACCCCGUCUCCCCACCAGCUUCGUGAGUGGUACGCUGGGCGUGGGAGGUCUGGGGGUGCUGGUCCCUGCACUUACGUUCUCCGCACCAGCGGGCGCCGUGGGGAGACGCGCGGCCUGCCACACACGCCGGAGCGCUGUUUCGGUCGCCUGUCUGACGUCUGGCGCGCACAGAUUCCUGACGCAGCUGAGCUCCCUAGCUGGGCUGAUAUGCUUAGGCAGAAUGUUGAUAUCUUUGCUCUUGACUAUGAUGCUAUCCUUGCUGCCAUGUAUGCUGUGACUAUUAGUGCUGAGGGUGACUGUUACCUGUGUGUGCCGCCUGACCCAGGUAUAGAGUCUACUGCUCUAGGUACUGGUGAGGCUGCUGCUCUAGGUGCUAGUGCGUCUGCUGCUCCAGGUGCUGGUGAGUCUGCUCUCUCUGGUACUGCGCCUGCUGAGGCCUUGCACACCUUCACACUUGACUCAGGUGCUUCCCGCUCCUUCUUUUGUGACAGCACCACACUCACGCCGCUCAGUGGGCCAGUUGCAGUCUCCCUGGCGGACCCCUCUGGGGGCCCAAUCCUUGCGCACUCCACCACGGUCCUGCCGUGGCCGGCGGUCCCAUCUGGCUCACUGGUUCUCCCUCCCCUCCCACCCUCGCCUGCUCCUCCCUGUCUUCCCUGUGUCGAGGGGCGGCAGCGCGCCGCUCCUCACUCCUCCUCGUUUCCCCCGACGACUGCUCCCCUGCACACCCUCCACAUGGACGUGUGGGGCCCAGCCCGCGUUUGUGGACAGGACCGCGAGCAGUAA